AAGCAAAAUGCGAGGUUUAAUUCGAUUCGAAAGGGGAACCAAGAUGGCAGCUACCUUGAAGGCAGCGACAGCAAAAAUUGGAAACGUUUUGCUGGAUAGCAAGAAAGAAUGGAGAAAGAAACCAAGAAAAGCUACACCACAGAAGAAGAGACCUCAUUACAGCAAGGGCCUGGAUGUCUGGGUGCAUGAUACCAGUGAGGUGUGGCUACCAGCUACUGUGGCCUCAGUUGGAAAAGACGGUAGUUUGUGUGUCAAGUUUGAAAAUGGAAAGGAAUCUGUGGUCAAACCAAAAGGAGACUAUCCUCAAGUGAGUGGGAUCACCCAAUACUACGAAGAGACAGAUGACCUUACUACACUCAGCCCUCUCUGUGAAGCAUCAGUUCUUCACUGUCUACGAGUACGCUUCUAUUCAGGAUCUUGCAGCACCUCAGCAGGAGUAACUCUGAUUGCAGUGAAUCCCUUCAAGGAAUUGAAAGGUUGUUAUGGAGAGGAAGUCGUGCAAAGAUACAGAGAAGGGUCAAAGAGCAAUCCACCUCAUGUUUAUGGCAUGGCUGAGAAAGCUUACAGUCAGAUGAAGUUAGGUUUGGAUCCAAAAAACCAAUCAAUUAUUGUCAGUGGAGAAAGUGGCGCUGGCAAGACAUGGACAGCUCGAUGUCUCAUGGAGUAUCUAGCUACUGUAGCUGUCUAUAAUCCAGGUGGUUUUGAGCCUUCUCCUGGAGAUUGCAUCAAGACAAGAAUCCUUGAUUCUAAUCCAAUCCUAGAGGCAUUUGGUAACGCUGGCACAGUUAGAAAUCAUAACAGCAGUCGCUUCGGCAAAUACAUACAACUCCAGUUUGACAGGGGCCAGCAUAUUAUUGGUGCAUCCAUUCAGACCUACUUGCUUGAGAAGACGAGAGUGGUUCACCAGUCAACUGAUGAGAGGAACUUCCAUAUCUUCUAUCAGUUGUAUCAAGGAGCAAGUUCUGAGGAGAAGGCUAUGUUUGGCCUUGGUCUGCCUGAUUAUUAUCUAAAGUAUCUCCCGAUGAAAUCCAACACAGCCAAAAAAUUGGAAGAUUGCCAGGCAUUGAAGACAACGAGAGAAGCAAUGGCUGGCAUUGGCCUUACCCUUACCCACCAGAGGGAAAUAUUCCAGGUUCUCUCAGGUCUUCUGCACUUAGGAAAUAUUUGCUUCACCAGUGAUGGAGAACAUGAGUCAUGUGACAUUGAUGAAGAUAACAAGGACUAUCAGUUAUCUUCGGAGUUUGCCACCAGACUGCUUGGUUUGGAUGAGGAACAGCUAGAGAAAUGUCUCAUGUUUAGAAAGAUAACAGCCACUCAUAGCAAGAGGAAGAGUGUCUUCAUGAGACCUUGUACAGUGGAGGAGGCAGGAACCAGACGGGAUUGUAUGGCCAAACUACUGUAUGCAAGACUCUUUGAUUGGCUGGUGUCCUUCAUUAAUAAAUCGACCUGUGCUGGCCAAUGGCACUCCUUCAUUGGUCUCCUGGAUAUCUAUGGAUUUGAAAGCUUCCAAUCAAACAGCCUGGAGCAACUCUGCAUAAAUUAUGCAAAUGAGAAGCUGCAGCAGCACUUUGUGGCACACUUCCUCCGAGCAGAGCAGGAGGAAUAUUCUAUUGAAGGAAUUUCUUGGCAAUUCUUCCGUUUUGCUGACAACCAACCAUGCCUUGAUGUCAUUGAAGGCAAAUGCAGUAUUUUCUCGCUUAUGAAUGAGGAGUGUUGUCUGAACCGCCACACCGAGGCCUCAGCAUUCAGCACCAGACUACUGGAUAGCAUCAAUGGCAAACACAUCAACAAACCACCUGUCACUGUCCGGUACCCUGCCUUCGUUGUCAAUCACUAUGCUGAUGAUGUUACCUACAAUACACAGGGCCUCAUUGAAAAAAACAAGGACCACAUUCCCAUUGAAUUGAUAGAACUAGUCGCCAAUAGCACUAAGCAGUUUGUCAGCAAGCUAGUACAGACAGAUCUAGCAGAGCAUGAGAUCCAGCCUGUCAAGAGUGGAAAAAUGCAGGCAAAAACUGUGGUCUCCAAGUUUAAGACCUCCCUAGAUAGCCUGAUGACCAUACUAACUUCCACGACACCACACUACAUCCGUUGCAUCAAGCCUAAUCUAGCCUGUGUGCCAGACAUCUUUGAUAGUGGCCAUGUUGUCUCUCAGUUGAGGGCUUGCGGUGUGCUAGAGACUAUUGCCAUCAGUGCUAAAGGGUUCCCUGCCAGAAUUGCCUAUGCAGAGUUUCAGCAGCGCUAUCAAGCUGUGCACAACUCUAUACAAGCUGCUACAGGAAUUAACAAGGACAAAAUGGCGAAGACAUUCUGUGUCUCUCUCAUGGAAAGUGUGUUUGGUGAUGAAGAUAAGGAAAAUGAAACUGCUGGGACACAGUUUGGAAAGACCAAGGUGUUUCUACGUUCUGGGCAGCUUGAGGAGCUGGAGAGACUGAGAGCCUUUGCCUUGAUGGAAGCAGCUACUUGCAUCCAACGAUGUUGGAGAAGAUACCAAAGAUGGCACAAAGUCAGGCGACUGGAGGCUGCCACAUUGAUCCAAGCAGCGUACCGUGGCUGGAGAGUACGUCUGUGUAUGGAAAUAAUGAACGAUGCAGCAAGGGUCAUACAACAUGCCAUGCUGGAAUACUGCAUCAAGAAACAGCAAGAAAAGGAACUUCAACGGCUGGAGCUAGAGGCCACCAAAAAACUGUCCCUGGAGAAGAGUUUAGCUCAUGUUGAUGACUGUCAUAAUGCAGACAGUUGCUCGUCAGAGGAUGAGCAGGAAUUCCAUGAAUGUAGAGACAGACUCUCAGUAGCAAGAGAACAUUCCAUCUUGCUAUCCUCACCCAAUCAUGAAUCUCACCCCAACAACCAAGCAUUACAACCUCCGUCAGUGGGACUCAUAGACCUUCAACAUCCCUCAGGAUUAGCCCUAUACAAUUCUGGAAUCUUACCGAGGAGAUGUAGCAAGUGUGGCUCUGUCACAAAUCCUCAGCCGGAGCAGCAUGGUAGUGAACUUGAUGACGACGAGGAUGCUGACGACAAAGAAGUAAGACAUGAUGAGGAUAUACAGACAACCCAAGUGGGUCUUGGUGGAACCUUGGUUGGUAUUUUCAAGAAACCUGCUGUUGAUUUUGCACUUGCUGCUGUUGUGACCGCUUUAUUAUUAAAGGGACCGGUCCAACUUUGAAACAACCAACCGUUACAUAGGCCUCAG